GUUAAAUACAUAUAUAAAUUAUUUACAUGAGCACAGUGGAAGAACAAAGCGCCAGGGUGAGGGGAUUGUGGUAUAUUGAGUAGAUUCUGUUGUGUGCAUAAAUUCUGUGGGGUUUUUCCCUGCUCUCUUGGUUUUUGUUUGCUUUUUCAAAGAUCAAACGAAUACUGAUUGGACACGACAACGUGGGUCUCCGAUCUGGCUGGUUCCUGGCCAGUGUCCAGAUCACAGUUCCAGUCCAGGGAAGGCAGUACAUGUUCCCCUGCAACCGAUGGCUCGACAAAGACGAGGCUGAUGGCAGGGUGGAGGUGGAAGUCUACCCCAGUGAGAUUGUGCCUAUUGAGAAAUUGAUAAACUAUGAGGUGUCUGUAGUUACUGGAGACGUGCGAGCCGCAGGCACCAACGCCAAAGUGUUCAUGCAGAUUUAUGGUGAGACUGGCAAAACUGAGCUGAUCAUCCUGGAAAACAGAUCCAACAACUUUGAACGGGGAGCCACAGAUAUCUUCAAGAGGGAGGCUGCAGAUGUUGGCAAGAUCUAUAAGAUUCGGGUAGGCCAUGACGGGACAGGCAUUGGGGAUGGCUGGUUCCUGGAAAGCGUCACGCUGAAGCGGCUGAAGGCUAAGGAGUCUGAUAAAAAGAAGCAGAAGAAGAAGAAGAAGAAGAAGUCUGACGAGGAGGAGGAGGAGGAGGAGGAGGAGGAGGGGACCAAGGUGGACGAAGGAAUGGAUGUCUACACAUUUGUGGCACACCGCUGGUUGGCUAGAGACGAGGGGGAUAAGGAGAUCGAGGUGGAGCUGGUGCCUGAUGGGGAAUCUGACCUGGAGGAGAAUACGUAUGAAGUCCGCGUUCUCACUGGGACUGUGUGGGGGGCUGGGACGGAUGCUAAUGUCUUCUUGAACAUCUAUGGCUUAGAGAGAGGAGACACGGGUGAGCGCCAGCUGAAAAGGUCGAAUAACCUCAACAAGUUUGAAAAGGGACAGGUGGAUGUGUUCACCGUCAAAGCCAUUGACCUGGGUGAGCUGAAGAAGCUGCGAAUUCGCCACGAUAACUCUGGUACCAGCCCAAGCUGGUACCUGGAGAGGGUAGAGAUUGUUGACCUCAAGGAGAGCACCACGUGAGCACCCUGCUGCACCCUUUUCGCAUGCUCAGAAAAGGGUUCCACGUUCUCAGGAACCUGCAGAGUUGCAGGGAGGCAGAGGAGGUGCAGAAGGGCAUCGUCGUAGCUCCUCACCAGCUCACAGGGAACAGGCACCCUUUGGGAGCCUAGUGGUGAUUGUGCCAUUAUACAGAGCGGGGGGCCAUUCUGGGGUACUUGUGUGGGGGGUUUUGCUGUCCCAGCAUCUCUGCAGCUUGGUGACCAGCAGUAUUUGGAAGGGAACCUCAGGUUUUCUCUGUUUCUCCUGGGAGGGACUCAACACUCCCUCCUGGAAAGGUCCUUGAGCAGAGCCUACACUCAAGCAUUUCCCUUCUAGGCCUCACUUUGGAAGUCCAUGAGCUCACGUUUCAGUUGUCUUUUGUACCAAAUGGAAAUGUCUGAGCCAGAAGCAAAUCCUGAUCUGAGCAAACUCCCAUGAUUUUCACAGAAAGCUGGAUGAGCAAAGACUGGGCAGUUCAAAACCUGAAAUACAGGCUUGCCCUUGAGCUGGAACGUGCUUGAAACCACAUGUGCUUAAAAGUUGCACAAUGCUCUGGUGGGUGGGACCACUUAUAAGGACCUAAAGAUGAGUCCAGCCUUCAUAAACAUAAAAUGCCUGGGAGACAGGAGGUUCCCUUAAGUUAUUUAACUUUUUCUGGGACUUAAAACUAAAACGAAUCAAUCAUAUGGGGCUGACAGCCCAGAAACAGCACUUUGCAGUAAGUGCUCCCUAACCUAUUUAUGGAUUGUGUUCCCCCAAAUGACACCAGAUCUCAAAAAUGAAAACAGAUGUGUUGUUUGGCUUUGAAUAAUCUUGAUUUUGGUUUGGUUUAGGGUUUUUGUUGUUGGUUUGUUGUUGUUGUUUUUUUUUUAAGUAGCCUCUGAUCUGUGCUUUUUCGUGUUAUUAAAGCCUGUGAAGUCCUAUGUAAGUGCCGGCUGCUGCUGUCAUUCU